CCUUCAAGAACUUUGGACGAGCAUCAUCUUUGAGAAACAGCUCUGCCUUCCCCUUAACCCCUUGUAGGGCAACGGGAAAUAUCUGUCCCAUUUUUUGUUCCCCACAGAAUUGCUCGUGAGAGACAAUGGGACGCAUCAAGCCCAUUUUUUCUGUGCUGCCAUCUACAUUGAGGUUUUUACACUUCCGUUGAAUCUCGUUUGGAAGCUGUACAAUAGGUGGCGUUAGGUGUACAUUAUUUUCAAAAUUGUGUUUCCCGUUUCACCGGCGGCACAAAUUUCCGCAUUGUGAGUCUCCGGAAAAGAAUAAUUCAAGAUGACAAGUAAACGAUUGCUGACGCGAGAGGAAGCGCUGGAAUUAUAUUUUAGCCUUCCUGACGACCCUACGUCGAGUGAUUCCGACAGAGAUACGGAUGAAGACUUCGCACCCGAGCUCGCUCCGCCUGAUUCAGAUGAGCAAAGCAGUGAAGCCGAAGCGGCGGAAUCAACGAGGAAACCACAAAAGCGAAAGGCUACCUAUUCAAGAAAGAAAAGGAAGCAGAAGAAAGUGCCUAGAAUUUGCGACGAAGCAGAAGUCGAAGAGGAGGAGGUUGGGGCAUGGAAUAGCAGCGAACCGGAUGCCGUCAUUCGUGUUCCAAAAAUUUGGGACCCACAAUACAGUGCAAAUCUCCCGACGACGCCUUGUGAAGCUUUUGCUCUUUAUUUUGACGAAGGUAUCAUGAACACACUGGUGACUGAGACAAACCGCUUUGCCAAACAGAAAGGUCGACAGCUUUGGAAAGAGCUUACAAUUGAUGAGCUCCGUGCAUACUUUGGCAUACUUCUGCUGAUGAGCACAAACCCCAGACAUCAAAUGUACCUGUACUGGAGCAGUGACAGUUUUUUCAAUUGUCCUGAAAUAUCAAAGAUUAUGUCGUUCCGUCGUUUUCAAGCCAUUAUGAACUGUUUGCACCUCACCGACCUAACCAAGGAAAAAAAGAAAGGUGAAGAAGGGUACGACAGAUUGGCAAGAGUGCGUCCUCUCAUCCUUGCACUGAAUGAAAGUUUCAAGAGACAAUACACUCCAUCAGCGCACCAAGCCAUUGAUGAGAGUAUGAUACGAUUCAAAGGCCGGUCCUCACUGAAGCAGUACCUUCCAAUGAAACCUAUCAAGCGGGGAUACAAGGUGUGGUGCAGAGCCGACUCCCAGACAGGUUACCUGAUUGAAUUUCAGGUCUAUGAAGGUAAAGGUGCAGACCGACCUGCAAACGUAGGUCUCGGUGAGCAUGUUGUGCUCUCCCUCAUUGACGGAGUAGAGGCUGGCACGCAGCUAUAUUUCGAUAACUUUUUCACGUCCACACGCCUAAUGGAGGCCUUGAAAGAAAAGAACAUUUUGGCCGCAGGAACGGUUCGCCCAAACCGCAAGGACUUACCUGACGAAAUCAAACGGGAUAACAAGCUACAGAAGGGACAGUAUAUCUGGCGGGCGAAAGGGUGCAUCACAGCUUAUCAGUGGCGGGACACGAAAAACGUACAGGUGCUGUCCAACUUUCAUCACCCCAGCGACACUGAGGACGUUGUUCGAAAGCUUUCUAAUGGCUCAUCCAUAUCCGUCCAGUGCCCAAAAGCAGUCUCCGACUACAAUACCUGGAUGGGCGGAGUCGACAAGUUUGACCAAAGAAGGAACGCAUAUCCGGUGGAUCGACGAUCUAAGAAGUCGUGGUACCGAAUUUUUUACUUCCUGCUGGACGCAGCAAUAGUAAAUGCUUUUCUUCAAAUGAAAGCAGUCAGUGAAAUGAGCUACCUUUGGUUCCGGCUCGUCCUUGGUCGCCAGCUGAUAAACGGGCAAACAUUCAAAGGGUCCAGCAAUCGCCCGUAUCGAGCAAACAAAAAAGGUGCCAAACAUGGCCAGAAAAUGGUAGGCGUUGCUGAUGAAGUCCGAUUUCUGGGAGCUGGACAUCACCCUCAGAAGAUUGCAAAAAGGAGGCGGUGUCGUUGGUGCUCGACUGCCAAGAAAGAAGCGCGCACCAACCUUCUGUGUUCUGUGUGCAAUGUGCCCCUUUGUUCAACGUGUUUUGGACCUUUUCAUGCCGGCCGAAUGUAACCCAGGAGCCCUCAAGGAGCAUUGGUUCAACGUGUUUUGGACCUUUUCACGCCGCCCGAAUGUAACCCCGGAGCCCUCAAGGAGCAUUGGGACAAAUGCGUCCCAUUUUUUGAAUUUUAAUUUAGCGCCAGUGGGACAAAUGUGUCCCAGUUUUGUUUAAUAAAGUACUCGUUGUACAGCCUUGAAAUUUCUUUCAAACUACUUCUGUUGGCUUGGUUAGUAAAAUAAGACAACCUUUUUCUGGUUUUUUAAAAAAAACAUAUCCUGCCCUACAAAGGGUUAAUACAUCCAAGUUCUUCUUUGAAAAGGUCGCUGUACUUCUGCAAAAGCUUGCUCACCUCCAGCUUUGCUUCAGUAUCAGUUGGCUCACGUGCCGAGGAGACCUUGUUGCAGAACACAGCA